AUGUGGUACGAUGUUGACGCCGAUAGACCACUUAUGAACAUUUUUAUUUACAGCCUCAAAGAAAGCAUCAUUACCAAGAUCAAACCCCAAUUCCGUAUUACUUGCACACUCCAUGUUGACUUUAAUUAUCGUCAUAGUCUCGCCAUUGCGCUCAUGAAGGCUACUACGCAGCCCGACAUUGACCUUGAUGACGAGUCGGAAGGGGAAGACGUGCCCAAGGCAUACAUAGGGGGGAGCAGCGGGAUCGUCGCAGACGUCAACCCAUCCGACCCCGAGAGCAUCGAUAUACCGGGGGUAAACGUCCCAAGUACGGAGGACAUCCCAGUCGAGCCUGAUGGUAUCGAUAUACCAGAGGCAAACGUCCCAAAUACGGAUAAUAUCCCAGUGGAGCCUGGUGGUAGCGAUAUAUCAGAGGAAAAUGUCCCCAACACGGAUAAUAUCCCAGUGGAGCCCGAAACAUCCAUCCUACAGCCUCUCUCGAGUACAGCUAUCGAUGUCCUCGCGGGGUCCCGAGUGCCAACCAUCGACAUCAUAUUAAACAGCGCGGGCAUAAUGAGCAUCCAGGAAUAUACCCACAGCCGCGGGAGGAUCGAGAUGUACUUCUCGACAAAUCAUACAGGAUACUUUCUAUUCGCCUGCCUAAUAGCGCCGCAGCUUAUCGAGCCAGUAUGCGACACCACAAACUGGAUGAUGCUUGUACAGAAAGAUAGGCGGCCGUUUCGCGAAAGGUCGACUAUAGUGUGGGCAGAUAUGCGUUAUGGGAUUUUAAGUACGGAUCAUGGCUGGUCGCCUAUACGGAGAUUUGGGGUAUUCGAGUUGAUGUCGCGUCGUGAACUGGAUGAGGAAGAUAUCCCUCUAGAUUAUCCCGCGGAAGUUCAGCGGGAGUGGACAGCGAAUUUUAUGUUUGUGCUUGCCAGAGCUGUCAUUUACAUGCUUGAUUUACUCGUGUUCGUUUCUAUUUCUGUUCUUGUCGUUGCGGGUGGCACCCGUUUUAUAUCACUUGUUCAGGGGUUUUAUAGGGAUAUUAACAGGGAGACCGUGUUUGGGAUGCGUGAAUCAGUGCGAGGUGUGUAUUGUUUUCUAAAAUCGAUAUCCGAACAUUGGCCACAUGCGAUUUGGUUCGUGAAUAUAGAGCACGCUGCGGUCGGUUAUCAUCUGGAGAAGUGUCAUUGA